UUUUAUAGUGGUCAUUAGUUUUUCAGUUGUUGUGAACUUUUCAAACACAAUGGAUACUCCAACAUUGUUAGACGAAGAUUUGCUAAAAAAAGUUAAAUCGGUGUACUCAACAGUAGCAGAAGAUGUACUUCCUCGAUACAGGUACAAAGGUACAACCGUUUCCGAAAAUAUGCUUAAAGUUCUGGACGAUAUUUUAAACAUGGAAGUUAGGGAGGACGAUACUUGGAUAUGUACAUACAUGAAAAGUGGUACACAUUGGUCAUCAGAAAUGGUUUGGCUUAUAUCAAACGAUCUUGACUACGAAGGAUCAAAAGUUUCCCAACUACAAAGGGUACCGUUCCUCGAGUUCGAACACUUUUUAAGUCAUUGUCCUGAGCCUGAAAAUGCAAGUGACUUUCCUAUGGACCCCAAACUCUUCCUUCAUUCAGUUGACUAUGUAAAGACAAUGAAGUCUCCAAGAUUUAUCAAAACCCACUUGCCUUUUCAAUUGCUGCCUUUACAAAUUCAACAAGGAACCGUUAAUGCAAAGGUUAUCUACGUGAGGCGCAACCCAAUGGAUGUAUUCGUGUCACUAUUCGAAAUGUUUCGAAAAACCUAUAAUUAUGAAGGGAUUCCUGACGACUUUGCCGACCUUUUUUUACGAGGUGGACUAAAGUAUUUACCAUACUGGAAACACUGCCAGUCUUUUUGUGAACGGAAAGACGAACGCCAUAUACUAUGCUUGAAAUUUGAAGACAUGAUUGAGGACCUAUCAGCUGCGAUAAACCAAACAGCUGACUUCCUUGGCAAAAAACUCACAACUGACCAAGUGGCUUCUCUCAGUGAUCAUCUAAGUUUCGCCAACAUGAAAAACAAAAAAUCUGUCAACUUGUUAGACGAAAUGAGUACGGUGAAGAAACUGCAAAAUCUAGGUGAAGGCAAGACCUGGAAUUUAUGUCGAAAUGGCGUGGUAGGAAAGGGGAAAGAAUCACUAAGCUUGGAGCUAGUGGCUCGCUUUAAAACAUGGACUGAAGAAAACACCAAAGGUACUGUUUUGGAAAGACCAUUAGAGCAUUAUGGGUUUGAUUAAUGGGAUGAAGUGAAUAAAUGUAUUUCUAAACCUCCGUCUUUAAUUUUCAUUGCUCUAUCCUUAAUCGGAAUUUGUAAGAGGAAAACUCUUCGUAAACAAAAUUGUAUUAUUCUUUUACGAAUAGAGAAAUCCUAACAAUAGA